AUGAUAAAACCUCAUCUGUAUCAAUCACAAACUCCUAACCAAACCCUAUUGUUUCUGCAACGUCCACUCUGUAAUUCUAUUGGAAGCAGUGGAAGAAGAACUUCAUCUCUUUCACCAUGGUUAAAGGACAACGUGCAGAGCCAAAAACAGCUUCUACUGGCUGCACGCAACGUUGAAGCAAAUUCUAGUAAUCCAGCAAGAACAACAACAACAACAAGCACAAGCAGAGACAGAGAUGAGAAGAGUAGAGUGAAGGUUAAAGCCAUAGUUAAGGUCAAAAUAACUGCUGCUGGUUUCUUUUCCAGUCUCAGGUUGGACCGAGGAAUCGACGAUAUAACAGAUUUGCUUGGUAAAUCUCUUCUCUUGGAGCUUGUUAGCUCUGAGCUUGAUCCUGGUAACGAUAAGUUGAAGUCGUUCUGUGUCUGCGAACCUUUAAUGGCAUGGCCAGUGACUGGACUAGAGAAGGAAACGCUGAAAGCAUACGCACACAAAGCAGGAAAUGGAGAGGAAUCGUAUGAGUACGAAGCUGAAUUUGAUGUUCCAAAAGAUUUUGGGGAGAUCGGUGCUGUUCUGGUCGAGAAUGAGCAUCACAAAGAGAUGUUCCUUGAAACCAUCAUCCUUGAUGGCUUCCCCGAAGACCCUCCUAUUCAUUUUCACUGUGCCUCUUGGGUUCACUCCAAGUUCGAUAAUCCCAUCAAUAGGGUCUUCUUCUCCAACAAGUGUUACUUACCGAGAGAGACACCGAGUGGUUUAAGAAGACUAAGAGCAGAAGAACUGAGAAACCUACGAGGGAAUGGAGAAGGAGAAAGGAAAAGCUUUGAAAGAAUAUAUGAUUAUGAUAAAUACAAUGACAUUGGAGAUCCUGAUAAAAGCCUUGAACUUCAGAGACCUCCUUUGGGAGGUAAAGAACGACCGUAUCCUAGACGUUGUCGAACUGGUCGGCCACAUAGUGAAGCAGAUCCAUUGUCAGAAAAAAAAAGUGGAAAGUUUUACGUUCCGAGGGACGAAUGCUUCUCAGAAGUGAAGCAGUUGACGUUUUCAACCAAGACCUUACACUCAGUGUUGCUAAUACUGCUUCCAUCUCUGGGGAAGAUUAUCAAAGAAAAGGAUCUUCCAUUUUCGUACUUCCACGACAUUGAUUCACUCUUCAGCCAUGGACUUGACUUACCUCCUGAGCAUGAGACUGAGAAGGGGUUCCUAGGAAAAAUGAUGCCAAGACUCGUCAAAUCCUUUUCUGGCGAGAGGGGAAACGUGCUUCGGUUUGAGACACCAGAGACUAUGAGCAGGGACAGGUUUUUCUGGUUCAGGGAUGAGGAAUUUGCUAGACAAACUGUUGCUGGUCUCAACCCUUAUAGCAUAAAAUUGGUCACAGAAUGGCCAUUGAGGAGUAAACUUGACCCAGAAAUAUAUGGUCCAGCAGAAUCAGCAAUCACUUCAGAAAUUAUCAAUAAAGAGAUUGGAGGCAUAAUGUCUGUAGAAAACGCUAUCAAAGAAAAGAAGCUAUUCAUGUUAGAUUACCAUGACAUACUUUUACCGUAUGUCAGCAAAGUACGCAAACUGAAGGGGAAAACACUGUAUGGAUCACGAACUUUGUUCUUUCUAAACCCAGAGGGGACACUGAGGCCUCUUGCCAUUGAGCUUACUCGGCCAGAAAUAAAGGGACAAAAGCAAUGGAAGCAAGUUUUCACGCCUUCUUGGCACUCAACUAGUGUUUGGCUCUGGAGGUUUGCCAAGGCUCAUGUUCUUGCACAUGACUCUGGCUAUCACCAACUUGUUAGUCAUUGGUUAAGAACUCACUGUGUGACAGAGCCCUAUGUUAUUGCAACCAACAGACAACUUAGUGAGAUGCAUCCCAUAUAUAAACUGCUACACCCUCAUUUCCGUUACACAAUGGAGAUUAAUGCCCUGGCACGGGAAGCACUUAUUAACGCUGAUGGGACAAUUGAGAGCUCAUUCGCACCAGGAAAGUAUUCCAUAGAGAUUAGUUCCGCUGCUUAUGAUCUUGAAUGGCGGUUUGACAUGCAGUCUCUACCUGCGGAUCUAAUUAGAAGGGGAAUGGCUUUGGAAGAUCCAUUUUCUCCACAUGGCUUAAAGCUUACCAUUCCAGACUAUCCUUUUGCCAAUGAUGGGUUGCUUCUGUGGGACGCCAUAAAGCUAUGGGUGACCGACUAUGUCAACCAUUAUUACCCUGAACCAAGUCUUGUGAAGUCAGAUGAAGAGCUGCAGGCAUGGUGGAAAGAGAUUAGAACAGCUGGUCAUGCUGACAAAAAAGAUGAGCCAUGGUGGCCAGUUCUCAAAACCCCAAGAGACCUCAUUGGAAUCCUCAGCACAAUCAUUUGGGUAACUUCUGGUCACCAUGCAGCAGUGAACUUUGGGCAAUAUGUUUAUGGGGGAUAUUUCCCAAAUAGGCCUACAAUUACAAGGACUAAAAUGCCCACAGAGGACCCUUCAGAAGAUGAGUGGAAAAAGUUCAUUGCAAAACCUGAAAAAGCUCUUCUCAAGUGCUUCCCUUCACAACUUCAAGCAACUAGAGUCAUGGCUGUCUUGGAUAUACUUUCAACUCAUUCACCUGAUGAGGAAUACAUAGGAGAAAAGAUGGAACCAUCAUGGGGUGAAGACCCCGUCAUAAAGAAUGCCUUUGAAAGAUUUAGAGAAAGACUGAAGAAACUAGAAUCAGUGAUUGAUGAGAGGAAUGAAAAUACGAAACUAAUGAACAGAAAUGGAGCUGGCAUUGUCCCAUACGAGCUGUUGAAACCUUUCUCAAAGCCAGGUGUGACUGGAAUGGGGGUUCCCUGCAGUAUAUCUAUUUAA